CCUAUUUAACUUGUUUUGAAUCUGGUUUGCAUCAAAGUUUGAUAAUUUUAUAUUUCCUUUUGGUCAUUUUGUAUCAUAUUUUGGCCGUUUCACAUCUCUUCGGUGCCAUUUUGUGAUUAUUUCCCAUCUCUUUGGUGUCUUGAUUUGGCUUUUUUGUGUCUCUUUCUAAGAUCUGUGGCACAGCUUUCCAAAAAAGCAGUAUUUUAUACUGUUUGCUGCCUGUCUUACCACAUCCUGCCUUUUAAAACCUGAACACUGAGGAUAUUUUAAGUGAGUCCACUGUGGCUUUAAUGCCAAUUAAUACUUGUUUAUAAAUCAGUGGGUAAAUCCAGUAAUAUCUAAUAAAAGAAAACAGUUUAUACUGUUUUGAGUGUGGUAAGACCAAGAAAAAAUGUGUAUUGUGUGUAUAAAAUGCCUGUAAAUGCUAAUUUAUUAUUAUUUAUACGGAUCUGAUGUCCUUCUAAACUGAUUAUUUAUCCAAGUUUUCCACCUUUUAAUGACAUUUCUGUGCUGUUUUAUUAUUAGUGUUUUGUUUUUGUCAGACUCCAGCAGCUCCAUCCAGAUCCAGUGAUCCAGUCCCUGGUUUGUGGAAGCCCAGGGCUGUUCACUCUCACACCAGGCUGGUCGGUGAGGAGCCUGAGACACACAAAAUGCUUUUUAUUCAGCCACAAGCUCAUUGAGGAGCUGACGAACCCUCCGGAGUCUCAGUCAGCUCCGUCUGUUCCAGCAGCUCUUGGUCCUCCGGCUGCAGCUCACUGGCUUUUUUUCAAUCCUCACCUCCACAACACACUAUUUGGACAGUUUGAAUCUACUUUUGUAAACUCCAGUUUCGGCUGCUCUUCUCUCAGACUCUGGAUUUUCCUGGUGAUGACCUCACUGCUGUUCCCUGGCAACGCCCACGCUGCGAUGAAGGACCUCUCCUCCUCCUCCUCACCUCUUACCUCCCUCCUCCACUACCCAUCCUCCAAGACCUCCGUCGUGCCCUUCUCUCCGUCCGCCGGUCCCGUCUCCUCACCCGGCUCGCCGCUGACCUCGGCGCCGCUCUCUAAACCUCAGCCGUUCUGCCUGCAGACGGGGCCUCACCUCAUCGCCAGCAUGCAGCUGCAGAAGCUCAACUCACACUACCAGAACCUGGCUGGCGCCGCCACCGGACACCCAGCGCCCGGCGGGGCUCAGAGGGGCUUCGGUGCCUCACCGCUGGGCACCAGUAACCAGCUGCUGGGGCCGACUGGGACUCUCGGUGGAGGCGGGAUGGGCAUCGGCAUGGGGAACCAGGGCUCCGGCGCCGGUGGAAUUAUCGACUUUGACCCGGUGGACGAGGAGGUCCUCAUGUCCCUGGUGGUGGAGCUGGGUUUGGACCGAGCCAACGAGCUGCCGGAGCUCUGGCUGGGGCAGAACGAGUUUGAUUUCAUGUCAGACGUUCCGGCCGGAUGCUGACCUCUGAACAGCAGAAACUGACAAAGAGAGAGGAGACGUCUCUCCCUGUUUGUUUUUUCUCUUUCCUCCUUUUCUUGGUCGAUAAAACGAGGAAACACAAGAGAUACUGAGUGAUAAAGAGAUUAGAGGCAAACUCUCAUCUCUGUUUUGCUUUCAUACUCGUGGCAGGCUGAUGGAAGAAGCAAACACAGCUUGCUUUUGAUUUUUUUGUUGUUUUUUUCCAAUGGAGUUCUUUCAAUCAGUGCAUUUUCCUUUUCCUGUGAUGUAACCAGAGGUGCUCAUUCAUAUUUCCCCUUUUGGUAGAACAGUCAGACAAACAUUAGCGUAUGAACAGAAACUAGGAGUGGAGGACUGCUGCUCCUAUCCUCUUUCCUCCGUCACUCCAUCACUGGGGCUUAAUGAAAACGAGCUGACUGACAUGCAAGGGGCUGACGGGGACAUCUGAGCCCCUCUCUUGGAAACAAACUAUAAAGACAGUCGGUAAGAUACACCUGUUGGACCGGCUCCCCUCUUUUCUUAACACCAGCGUUUAAGGAAAAUGAAAAUGGGAACCACGGCUUUAUGGGAGAUUUGCAAAGGAUGGCAAACACUGCGCUUCCUGUUUUCUUAAUAGACAAUAUUAGACUCUGGUCUCAUGGGAAAGAGACUCCUGUCUGUUGGCUUCACAAAGAAACUGAUUGUCUAAGAACUGGUUAUCUCAAUGUACUUCUCUUUCUUUUUUUUGUUUGAAUUUAGUUCAACCAGUCGUAUUCAUAGAACAUGUUAUUUAAGACAGCGGCUGAUAUCCAUCAGGAGUCUGGACAAGGAGAGCUUCUGUGGCAGCUCUGCUUUUCUGAACAUAAUGAAUUAGAUCAAGAAAUGUGGAAUCUUUGGGGCCUGAAUGGAGUAAAUUGUGUCUGGCUGUGGUCAUGCAAGUCGCCACUACAUGUGCAUGUUUUGUUUUCUGACCUGCGGUGUCAGUGAUCCCAGGUUUCAAUCGGCUUCACACGCCCUCGGCUUUUUGAUGUUCCUGCUCUGUCACUUUGAUAUUUGUGUCAAACAUUUGGUUAAGAUCUGCAGACUUUAUGUUCCUGAUCAGGAGGCGUCAUCUGUUUUCUUAUCAAACGCUGCUGUUUGCACACCUUUGACCAGCCGUUUGCAGAGUUUGGACCAAAAUGAAGUUUCGUAGAAACUAGCAGCUAAUGCAUUAGCAUAGUUUCUGCUAAUUCGUGCUGUUUUAUUGUCUUAUAAAAGAUGCAUUGCGCCACCUGGCAGCCAUACUGGAGGUCCUUUGCUUCAGGUUUUCCUAAAAAGCUGUUGCUGUUUUGCUUUUCAACAACAAUCACGUUAGAUUUUAGCUCCUGCAGCUGCCAGAAACUAGCAUGAACAUGAGCCAAGAAGCUGGUAAAAAAAACUCUACCAAAGAGCACAAGUGAAACCCGAAGUCACAUUUAAAGCUUCCCUCAGUCGUGACAUGCAGAUGAACUUCAGCGCUUAACUCCGAAGAAGUCCCGAAAGUGUUGGGUUACAUCAUAACUGCUACUGAGCUUGCAUGUCCAAUCAGAGCCAUGCGAUACGGUUGAAAGCUGUGGGAAAAAAGCUAAUAAGUCAACCCUGACAUGGCGUUGUUGUGCAAAGUGAGCCUUUACAUGUGAAAUUACACGUUUAAUGGUUGUUUUCACAUCAGGUUGCACUUCGCGACUUUGAUUUCACUCGAAAAACAUGCACAUUCUGUACACAUAAAACAGAGAUCAGUGGCGUCUGUGUGGUGAAAUUCUACUUCUUUUUUUUUUUUAACUCAUUAGCAUGUCCACAUGUUUUUUUUUUAACAAGCUGGAAGACAUACACUACCGUUCAAAAGCUUGGGGUCACCCAGAUGUCGUCAUGUUUUACAUGAAAAGUCACACUUUAAUUCAUGUGCUAACAUAUCUGUACAACGGUUUUCUAAUCAUCAAUUAGCCUUUUAGCUUGGUUAGCUAACACAAUGUAGCAUUAGAACACAGGAGUGAUGGUUGCUGGAAAUGUUCCUCUGUACCCCUAUGGAGAUAUUUCAUUAAAAAUCAGCCGUUUCCAUCUAGAAUAGUCAUUUACCACAUUAGCAAAGUCUAGACUGGAUUUCUGAUUUAUUAAAUAUUGUCUUCAUUGAAAAAUAUUGCUUUUCAUUCAAAACAAGGACAUUUCUAAGUGACCCCAAGCUUUUGAACGGUACUGUAUAAUGAGCAGAAUAAGCAGUGGGCACCAUGGUUGAUCUAAGGAACCAAUCCUGUCAGCCUACAAGGUGUUUCUCUGCAUCAUUAUUCUCUCCAACAGGUUUGGCUGAGGUACUCCAAUAUUAUAACUUCCCAUUGUGUAGAGUAGAAUAGCUUUACAGAGUUGUAGGUGAGCUUAUGUGCAGGGGAGGUUCAUAGAUCGGCAAAUUCCAAAGGUGACAAUGCAACAUCUAAGCCAAGCACCUAUUUUCAUGCAAAAAAAAAAAAAACAACAACUUCUAAAUAUGUAACUUAAAUACAUUGAAAUUAAAUUUUUAUGGAUUAAGUCAAUAGCAAGAGAGUGACACCACUUUAAAAAUACAUUUAAAGCAGCAAAUUAAUGAAACUCAAAACCAUUACCUAUUCAGAUGUUAUUUCUUUAAAUAUUACUGUUGGUCAUGUGCUUGCACUGCAGAAGUGUUGCAGAAGACCUCAGUAUCCUUAAUGGUGCUCUUAUGUAAGGGUGGAUCUAAGGGUUUUUCCUGCAUCAAGGCCCUUUGGUGGUACCCUGCAAGAGGAAUAAGGCAGCAUCAUAAUAUAUGUUUUAUUUACUCAAGCAUAACAGCCAUUUCAGCUUGCAUAGAUUUCUAUAUAAUAGAACCCAGACUCGUCGGCCUAACUAUAAAUGGAGUAAUUAUGCUUACUAGCCCUCUAACAGACCAAUUAUGAGCCAGAAAACCCGCCGAAUGUGUGAGAGGAGUAGACUAGAGCAGUUUUACAGUGGUUAAGCAGAUAUGUAGGUAAGCUUAUGUGCAGUGGAGGUUCAUAGAUUUGCAAAUUCUCGAGGCAACAAUGCAACAUCGAAGCCAAGGAACUAUUUUCAUGCAAAAAAAAAUUUAAACAUGUAACUUUAAUACACUGAAAUGAGGUUUUUCAGGGUUAAAUCAAUAGCCAGAGAGUGACGCCACAUUAAAAAUAUAUUUAAAACGUACAAAAAAAAUCUGUUCAGGUAUAAUUUCCAUGCGUUUGCAUUCUUAAACUGUAGUUUUGCUUCAUACCUCACUGUCUCUAAUGGUGGUUUAAUGCAACAGUUUUUCCUGCGUAGAGGACUUUUGUUGCCCCUACAAAAGAGCACAAAAAACAUGCUGUUUUUUUUUUUAUCAUUUACUCAAGCACAAUAGGCAUUUUAGGUCAUCAAAUAGCAUUAAAUUGCAUCUAUGUAAUAAUGCGACACAGACUCAUUAGCUUUACUAUACUCAGACUGAUCAUGCUUACUAACCCGCUUAAAGACCAAUUUUGAGCCAGAAAAACCCACUGAAUGUGUAGUGUUGUUUCCCAUGUGAUGCAUUCACGUGUUUUUUUUUAAAUAUAAAUGUAGAUAUUAUUGAUUAAAACAUUUAUUUUUCAGCUUAAUCCUGCUGAAUCGUUGCAGCCUGGAUAUGUUUAAAGCUUAUGGGAGCUGCAACUACAGAGUGUUUUUGGGAUUGAGCACUUUCUAUAAAACGAGAAAGAACAGCGAACUAUCGGACCUCCAUGAUGCUGCCAGAUGUGGUUGCCAGUUUGGUGCACAAAUGAUCUCACUUUAUGAUUGCAGACGGAACACUAAGCGGUUUAUAGAGUCCACUGUGCACCAACCAGGUGUUUGUUUCUCGCUGCUGCGGACUUAAAAUAUCCAUGGGGCUUUAAACCGACACCCGACCCUCCACCCAAAUAUAGGGGCUUUACUGGAUGCAGCAGGAUGGGGGUAAGAGGAGAUGGAGGGUUGGAGCUGAGCGUCCCAAACAAAGGCCUUUCACCUCGGCCCGGCGUGUCUGUCAUCUCGGCAUUGUGGGUCUCCUCCCGGACCACACACAAUAACACACCUGUAUCCUCGCAAAGACACAAGCCGUUGGAAACGAAGCGGCAGCGUCGGGAUGGUGUUACAGCGGGGAAACGGGAGCCGUGGCCAUGAAACAGGCACUUGUUCAGUUACUUCAUGGGGUUGUUGUGUUUGUGUGAAAGCGAUAGUGAUGUUGGUGGAAAAGAGGCCGAAAAAGCAGCACACGGAGGAGGAAAAACACCCGCCGAGCCUCGUUAAUUUAUUUAGAUCCACACAGCUCGGCUUACAUACAUAUUUCUUAACACUUUUUAAUGUCGAUAAGCGUCUCGGUUACAGUCCAAUUUUCUGUUCCCGUCCGUCUUUAAGCAGCCAUUAAUGAAAACCCGCUGAAAGGAGUAAUUUGACAGAAUCCUUUUCUCCUUUAAAGGGGAUCUGGUGGGUAUUUCCUCUAGAACAACCACUCCACUGACACAGACAGACACUCGGAUUCUUCUCUUCCUCCGUCUCGCCGCCUAAGUGGGCCAGAAAAACAUUCUUCACAUCGAAGACGGCCUCAAGUCGACAUUUUUGUGUGUCUGUGUGUGUGUUGUUUUGCGGUCCGGUCUUAAUCCCAGCUGAGUGGAUGUUGGUUUUUUUUUUUUGCUGUGUGAACCAGAGCGUCCCUCCUUUCUCCUCCCCUGAGAAGCUGCUUGAAUUGUCUUGAGGGCUUUCAUUUCCUCUUUUUCCUUGACAUCUGAUACUGCAGAUUAACCUUUUGAACCAAAAUAGUCAUUGCAGCGUCGAAAACUCAGAUCCAUGCAAAGUAUUCUUCAUUUUUUGGAGGGUCAUUUUGAGCCUAAUUACUGCAUUACUCCUUUUCCAAAGCAAACACUCCGAGUUUAGUGUGUUUUAGCUUCAAUGACGGAAAGAAUAUCGACUUUAAUGGCUCCGUCGUCCAUAUUGUGGCAUUUCCUAGUAGAAAGACUUGAUUAUGUUGCAGUAAUUACUCCACCAAGAAACGCAGUGGAGUUAUGUGAGGGUUGGUGUUGGUUUGUCUGUUUGUCUGUCUGUUCACAACAUUACUCAAAAACAGACUAAUGGAUUUGGAUGAAAUUUUCAGAGAAGGUCAGAAAUGACACAGGGACCAAGUGAUUAGACUUCGGCAGUGAUGCAGCUUAUAGUCUGGAUCCACGGAUUUGUGAAAGAUUUCUGUAUCAUUGUGAGAUAGCGGCAUUGUAACUAUGACAACAAGUGAACACUACGUCAGCUGUCUGCUGAUGAUCACAUGAUUGUGAUCCUACAACAAAUCCACCACUGUAGACUUAUCAGGACUUAUCCAGGAACAAACUGAUUGAAUUGUGGUGGACGUUUCCGAGCCCCAUCAAUUCCCGCCUCCUGCUACAUAUUUAGGUCACGCGAUUCGGUAUCUGUACAUAGCAUACACAUGCAUAACACAUGUCUGUGGUCAAUGAAACGUCAUUUAGUUUAUGGGAAUGUCUAUAUUAAACUGCCACAUUUUAUGUCAUCGUGGUUUCUGAUCAUCAAUAACUAGUAAAAAAUGCUGCAUUUCUACAAAAGAACUGCUGCAUAUCUGACAAUGCCAUAUGGGGGAAUGAACAGCCUUGGCGGAGGACUGCGUUCUCUAAGUGCUUUUCUCGUUACAUUCUGUGAUAAUCUGGCUAAUUUGUCUAAACAAAAAAUGGAAAAGCUUAUAACUAAAAGCCUGCAAAACCAAACUGCAUGUAUCAUUUGAAUGGUAGCAUCUUCUAGUUUCUGAAUUUGUGCUUGGUUAGCAUGAGGCUAGUACACAUGCUAAGUUACAUCAGUUCAAGCAUGAUUCCAAAACGUUUCCAUUUUUGUCUGUAAUACGUCAUGUUUGAUUACCAAUAAGUAGAAAGUGUUUAAGGCCAGGACUCUGCAAAUCACCACAGACUUUCUACAUCAUGUUGACCACAGAUAGGGGAAAUUUCAGACCUCUAGGCCUAACUUUUUUGGAAUUAGGGCUUGUGUCACAUGUCCAUAUUGGUAGAAAUUCUUUGAAAUGCAAGAAAAAAUGUGGCCCAUCCUUCUUCCAAAAUUGGAAAUGAACACGUAAAUAGUCCUGUUUUGUCUCACACAGUUGAAAUCCAAAAGAAAUGCUGUCACUUACCAAAUAUUUGCGUUCCAGAAACCUGCUGGCUAAUUGAUUUUUGGUCUGGAUGUGCUGCUGUGGUCAAACAUUCCAAUGGAGAAGCGUCUGUCGUUGAUGAAACAGUUAAAAGAUGCAUUUACUGCCACGAUAAAGAUGGAAUUUCCACAACUGGCCAACCCACGUGUUAUUUUUAUUACUAUUUUUAUUUCCUAUCUGAUCUACGAAGCAUCAGCAGACCAGUGCGGCUCAUGAAAGCUCCUCUUAAUGGUGCCUUAUCACCAAAAACCCUGUGACACUUUCUGUUAAUUCAACUACAGCUAAUAAAGCAGAUUUACAGUGUUCAUGUGACAUCAGUGAUUUGUUUCUUGACAGCUGCUUCUGGGCUUCGGGGGUCAUUAAAAAUAUCCCAACACAUGAAGGACUGUGAAAACCUUCAGCACAAACAGCGAUAUAUCUGUUAAAAUCCACAGUAAUAAAGCUCUCCAGCCUGAAGCACUGAUUUAAUACUGGCCUGCCUUUAAACCUGUACAUUAAUGUCUUAUUUUGUUCUUGGUUCUACCUGCAGUUUCUUUCUUUGAUUUUGUUUUUCUGUCUAGCGAUGAAAUUAUUAUUAUUCAAAGAUGAUUUUAAAGCACUUUUUGCUCACCGACUCUCACUUGUACAUCUAUAUGAAUAUGUAAAUGACUGAGAUCAUAUUGGAAAACAAAAGCUUGUAUUUUUGUUACGGCUCUGAAGUUUUGGUGGGAAAUAAAGAAAGUUGAAAACUGAA